CGUGGACUGCGUGUGACACGCGGCAGCGCAACACUGUGCUGUCAUCCAAACUUAGCUGAGCCCCCCGUGAAGCGUCAGACUGACCGUCUGGCUGCCAGAUCAGACUGCACUUCACAUUUUCUGCAAAUGCUCGAUCAGGUGGCUGCUGCUCCAACUUCAUCACCGCAGACCGUGUAGUGGUGGUCUCGUGCGUGGAUGUGGAUUAGAGAAGGGGGGGUGGGGGUCCGACUGACUGAUGCUGAACACCUGCACGUGGCGGAGGACUGCCUUCUUUUCCUUUACUCGACCUCCAGCCUCCAGCAGCUUCACUUCGCAUGUCGAGCGACAGAAAGCCAACCAUGAGCUCCUCUCUGCCCAAAAGCGAGUCGACCACUUCUCUGCUCAGAUCAUCGGGGCUCAACCGCAGGUCUGCGCACUCGGAUCAUGGUCCACACGGUCACCGCAGCCACCGCAGUCACCAUCAUCAUCAUCCCACCGGAGCUGGAGGCGGCGAGGAUGCAAGUUGGACGGAGGAGUGCGAGACUAGUGCGCGGAGACCCCUCUGCCAACCAAGACACUCCGACUCUCGACAUUUAGGUGAUCACCGGGGACAGAAAAGCCAGUCUCACCGGCAGACGAGCCCCCUGGAUGACGGUUACCAUCAGGAGGAUGUGAGGCACGGGACGAGUCGACAUCAGAAAGAGCGCAGCAAGUCCUCCAGGUCCAAACACUCGCAUCAUCACCACGACUCCUCUCGAGGUGAGCUGCCUCCAGCGCAUCACCAGAGCGGCUCCCGGCAGGACAGAAGGACCUCUCCAACUCCAUCUUAUCCCAAACAGGAAGACGAUGCGGCUUUCUUCUUCGAGCCCCGGGAGAGAGUCAUCACCGGGUCAUCCUCCAGCCUCAACUCUGACACACCUGCAACAAGCGCACCUGUCCAGCCCGCAUCCAGACGCACAUCCAAAAGACUGAGCGCGACCCCGUCCGAGUACGACUCUACUCUUCACCCCAUAGUGAAGUCAGUGUUUGGGCAGGACAGAGAGUUGAGGCCAGAGGAAAUGGAUGAGUUGCGUGAGGCAUUCAAGGAGUUUGACAAAGACAAAGAUGGGUUUAUCGGCUGCAAAGACCUGGGAAACUGCAUGAGAACUAUGGGCUACAUGCCAACAGAGAUGGAGUUAAUAGAACUGAGCCAGCAGAUCAACAUGAAUUUGGGAGGACAUGUUGACUUUGAGGACUUUGUUGAACUCAUGGGGCCCAAACUUCUGGCUGAAACUGCAGACAUGAUUGGUGUAAAGGAGCUGAGGGAUGCAUUCAAGGAGUUUGACACAAAUGGCGAUGGCCAGAUCAGCACAGCAGAACUUAGAGAAGCAAUGAAAAAACUUUUAGGACAACAGGUUGGCCACAGAGAUCUAGAGGACAUCCUACGAGACAUCGACCUCAACGGAGAUGGCCACGUAGACUUUGAAGAAUUUGUGCGAAUGAUGUCCCGAUGAGUUCCUAAGGGAGAGCCGACAUGUUAAAAUACAACAUGGAUUCUCUGUUGGCAUGGGGGGA